UUAGCAACUUAUAGCGGGACUGCGGCAGGCAUUCUGACACUGGGGGGAACUGACUUGGUGUCACUGACAUCACCAGUGACACCAAUACAGUGAUUAAUGCUAAAAAAAAAGCACUGACACUAUACUAAUGGCACUGAGCAGGAAGGGGUUAACAUGAGGGGCGAUCAAAGGGUUAACUGUGGGGCUGUGUCAGUGUGCUUCACUGUAAUCACACUGCUUUGGAUGGCUGUGCUGUGCACAGCCAUCCAAAGCAGUGUGCCCAAGCUGAGGAGGAGGACUGUUAGUAAACAAAACAGUUCUGCUCCCCGUCGGAGAUCCUUGGUAAAU